AUGGUAAGGGCAAUGAAGAACAAGUCAGAUUGGACAGUAAGGGUAAAGGGAAAGACUUCGCGUCUUGAAGGUUGCCCUGGUUGCUCAUUCAUUGCUGCACCAGUAGGGUUGAAGACCCUCUUUGGUGUGCCACUACCAUCACUCCUGUCUCAGAUUAUUGGUGUUGCUCUACACAAUCUCACUGUUUUUACUCGUUCAUCCAAUCGAUUAGAGUCCUUGAAUACGUCUUCCUUUUUGGAGGCAUUCCCAUCCCCGCAUCCGCUACAUUGGGCUUGGUUCACCCCCACCCAAGAAUAUUUCAAGCCGAUCCCAGGCAACUCGUUCCCUGUAGGCACGCUUGCACCAGAUAAGGUCGAAGGCUUGGAAUCUCUUCACAAAUUGGCAGAGAAGUGUGUGCAGGAUUGGAGAGUUAAUUGGCCAGGCAAGAAUGAUGCUGUAAUUUAUUCAUUCAUGGAGUGGAUCCUCCUUGCUCAGCCUCGUAACACUGCUAGUGACAGGACUUCCAUCAUCAACAGGGAGUGGAUGGGCACCUUCACACUCGACAGUGACAUGUGCAACAAGCUGUACAUUGCUGGUAUCCCUGUGUGGUAUGUCUGCUCCAUGGUGUACAUACCUUCAAACAUGACGGUAAAACAGCCCAUUUUACUCACCCGUCCCAAUCAAAUAAUUCUUUCAAUGUAUGCAGAGGGUGGCUACAAUUGUCAGCUUCAUGUUCACCACCUCUAUGGGGGCAUGACAUUCAGAGACCCUGAGCCAGGUCCUUCAUCAGGCAGCUUAUCUGCACCCAGUUCUUCUACUGCUGGGCCAUCCUCUCAACCAUCCGCUGGAGGCAAGGCCCUUCCAAAACAUCAUAACAGGAAGCACAGGCACCAGCCCUAUGCCAAAGAUGCUCGGCCCACGCACCAUGUCCAGUCAGGUGAAUCUAUUAGGGACAAAUGGAAAGAUCAUGAGAGCCCCUACUUCCCACUGUCAAAGCUUCAUUGGGAUGAUGCCCUCAAAAGAUGUAUCAAGGAUUCAUCUCAUGUCCGCACUCCCUACGUUAUGGACCACAGAUACAGAUUCCCUGAACCAGGUCUCCUUUUCUGUCCCAAGCUGCUGGAGCGCCUUCAGGGAUACAUAGCCACUUGGCUUGCCUGUCGUCCACUAUGGAUCGGGAUUUCUGCCCAAUCACAAGCUGCAGCGCCCAAAGGAAAAGGUCCUGAAAAGAAGGUUCUUACUGUGGCAGAGAAGCAUAAGGGAAUGAUGAAGAAUUUGUUUGGAGAUGAUAUGGUGGACACUCACAGUGAUUUAUUUGCGCCAGAAGGAAUGGUACAAUUUUGUGGUGAACAGGUCCCAGUUGCCAGUCUUGCCCACCCUCCCCAGCUCCUUGCUCAAAAGAUUACCUGGGAGUUGUUUGAGCUUGGAUUCCACUAUGAAUUGAGGGAUCGUGAUCAUUACUUGGCCAAGGAAUGCUGGGCAGAAGAUCUGGUUGGUCACGAACAGUUGCUGCAUGCCAUCUUCCCUGGUGAUGCUGGCCUUGUCAUGUGGUCGGAGCUGUUUCCAAUAGACAAUUACAGGAUGUGGAAUAAUACCUACUGGUGUUUUUCUGUACCUUGA